AUGAAUCUUGUGCCCAAGACAUUCCAUCUCCCCGGAGAGGAGCGAAGAGCCGCUGAUAGACACAAUGUCAUUUCCGGAGCUCGCGCAUUCCGCAUCGACGACUUGACAGACCAAGUCGGAGUUAAAUUUGCCAAGGCCCAGGUUGCCUAUGAGACCCCAGCUGCGGAGAAGCGAGAUGUUUCGUGGCAUUUUAAGCCGAAGCAGAAGGAGGCCAUACGCGAAGUCCGCUAUGUCGAGGUCACCAAGGUGCUGGUGCAGGACAAAAAACGAUGGUGGAAUGAGGUCUUUGAGAGCAAAAAACAGGGCUUGGAUGGGGGCUUGGUCACCGACCUGCCCAUCCGGCACGCCAUGCUUUUACAGCUGCUGUCCGGUGAUGGCCGCGUAUACGUUCCAGCAAGACGCAAUAAUUCUGGGGCCACGUCUCCCGCUCGGCGGAUCAGGGUGGCGGCCGAGAACCUUCACUCCAUCCUCCCUGAAGCCAGUUCGCUCGACUACCUAGUGAAAUGA